AUGACUCACGUUUUGAGCCUUCUUGCGUUGGCCGGCACGGCCUUCGCUGCCUCUCUGAGCAGCGCCUGCACCACUUCACGUAUUCGCGAAUCGCUUCCCGAGGAUGGAUACAUUCUGGGUGUCACCUUUGAUAAGGAUUCAGUCACAGCCAACGCGGUAUAUAAUGCCUCUCACUCCGGCGAGGUGUUCUUCCCCGACGCUACUAUCAACUAUUGUAAUGUGACGUUCUCUUACACCCACACCGGCUCGGACCAGAGCGUCAUUGUUGGCUACUACAUGCCUGCACCUGAUGCUUUCGAGAACCGUUUCCUUGCAACAGGAGGAGGUGCUUAUGCCAUUCAAUCUGGCUCCAUGUCCGCCCCUGGAGGUGUGAUGUACGGUGCUGUCUCUGGCUUUACCGAUGGUGGAUUUGGUAGCAUGGAUACCGAUUUCGACGACGUAUUUUUGCUGCGCAAUGGUACCAUCAAUUGGACAUCGGUAUACAUGUUCGGAUACGAAGCUAUCAAGGAGAUGACCAUCAUUGGAAAGCAGUUGACGAAAAACUUCUAUGAUGUUUCCAACAGCAGCAAGGUCUACUCAUACUACCAGGGUUGCUCCGAAGGUGGUCGUGAGGGCUGGUCUCAGGGUCAGCGCGCCGCGGAGGAGUACGAUGGCUUGAUCAUUGGUGCCCCAGCUAUUCGCUACGGUCAGCAGCAGGCUAACCAUCUGUACUCCAACGUUGUGGAGAAGACUCUCGACUACUACCCCCCACCAUGCGAGCUUGAGAAGAUUGUCAAUGAGACCAUUGCCGCCUGCGACCCGCUUGAUGGCCGCACUGAUGGUGUGGUCGCACGAUCUGAUCUCUGCCAGCUUAACUUCAACAUGACUUCCAUCAUCGGCAAGCCAUAUUACUGCGCCGCAUCUACCUCGACCAGCCUUGGCCUUGGUUUCGGUAAGCGUGCAUCUGACACUGAGCCCGCUCAGAAUGGAACCGUUAGUGCUGAGGGUGUUGCUGUUGCCCAGAAGAUUGUUGAUGGUAUUCACGAUUCCAAGGGUCGCCGUGCCUAUAUCUCUUACCAAAUGGGUGCCGCUUUUGAUGAUGCUGAGACCUCUUAUGAUUCCACUACUGGCGAGUGGGGCCUUGAUAUUGCAGGUGCUGGUGGUGAGUGGGUUGCUCGUUUCCUAGAGCUCUACGAUGAGGACAACCUGUCCUCCUUGGAAGGAGUGACCUACGACACUCUUGUUGGCUGGAUGAAGCAAGGCAUGACUCGCUACAUGGACUCCCUCCAAACCACCAUCCCCGACCUGACCGAGUUCUACGAAAACGGUGGAAAGAUUAUCCACUUCCACGGCGAGCAGGAUGAAUCAAUCCCUACCGGAUCCUCUGUGCACUAUUACAACUCCGUUCGCGAGACUAUGUAUCCCGGAAAAUCAUACAACUCUAGCACCAAGGCCUUACAGGACUGGUAUCGUCUCUUCCUGGUUCCAGGAGCCGCUCACUGUGCGCUGAACGAUGACGAGCCCAACGGACCUUUCCCACAGACCAACUUCAAGGUCAUGUCCCUCUGGGUUGAGCAGGGAAUUGUCCCUCACACUUUGAACGCCACUAUUCUCCAGGGAGAAUACGAGGGCAACAAUGAGCAACUCUGUGCCUGGCCUCUUCGCCCGUACUGGAUCAACAAUGGCAAGAAGUUCACUUGCGAGUACGACCAGGCUUCUAUUGAUACCUUCAAUUAUGAUUUCGAAUGCUUACAAGCUCCCCUUGUACUAAGUAUGGGCUAG